AUGAAGAAUACAAAUUUAGAUGAUGCCAUUUCUAGACUUUUUGCUGGAAAAAUGAAGAAUUAUGUUAGAUGUACCAACGUAAAUUAUGAGAGUUCACGCAUAAAAGAUUAUUAUGAUAUUCUUCUUGAAGUAAAAGGGUACAAAACUUUAAGCGAUUCUUUAAUGAAUUAUAUUUGUGAAGAGUCUUGUGAAGGAAAUAAAUAUCAAACUGAAACUUAUGGUUUACAAGAUGCAAAGAAAGGUGUAAUUUUUGAGAGUUUCCCACCCGUGCUACGUAUACAAUUAAAACGAUUUGAAUAUGAUUCGCAAAGAAAUACUGUAGUUAAGAUAAAUGAUCGUCUUGAAUAUCCUCUUGAAAUUGAUUUAGAAAGUUAUUUAUCACCAGAUAGUGAUAGAUCAAAACCGCAUAAUUAUUUACUUUAUGGAGUAAUUGUUCAUAGUGGUGAUUUACAUGAAGGCAGUUAUUAUGUUUUUUUAAAGCCAGAAAAGAAUGGCAAAUGGUUCAAAUUUGAUGAUAUUAGAAUUACACCUGCAACUGAUAUGGAAGUGCUUGAAGAUAACUACGGAGUUGAUGCCAUCAAUUCAACAAAUGCAUGUAUGUUGAUAUAUAUCCGUGAAUCUGAUAUCGAUUUUGUGUUAUCACCCAUACAUUCUGAGGAUAUACCAAAACAUCUGCUAGAAAGACACUUAGAUGAUGAAAAGAAAGCUUUAUAUGAACAGUUAAUAAAAAAAGUCGAAGAAUGUAAUUUAUGUCUGUAUACUAAGAUUGUGACUCCAACUAUCUUUGAGCGCUAUCAAGGAUUUGAUCUUGCAAAUUUCGGCGAUCGGCAAUAUCCGUUAUCUGAAGUUCCACAGUUUAAAGUUUUGAAAAGUGAGACAUAUAGAACUUUUAAAACUAAAAUUUCCAAUAAACUUGAGAUUCCGGUUGAGCAAAUAAGACUCUGGGUUCUUGUAAAUCGCCAAAAUAGGACUAUUAGGCCAGAUGUUCCAAUAAUGGACGAUUGUCUUGACAUGACAAUGGAACAAAUUCACACAAAAAUGGCACCAAGACAAAAUGUAUUUAAAUUAUUUUUGGAAGUGGCAAAACCAAUUAACGGCAAAUUUAAAUAUGUUUCUAUUAAUUCACUUAAUAUGAGAAUUAAUCUUCACGCUUAUGUAAACAGAGGACUCUGUCAAUUAUAUGUUCAAAAAUUUGGUAAAGUUGGAGAUAUUAUUCCAAUUCUUUGCGAGAAGAAGGAAUUUCCACCACAUAUACCAUUGAAAAUAUACGAAGAAUUAAGGCCAAGUAUGAUUGUAGAAAUGAAUCCCGAAUGGACUUUUCAACGAUCCGAGAUACAAGAUGGUGAUAUAAUUUGCUUCCAAAAAGCUUUAACUGAAAAAGAAAUACAAGAACAUACUGCUGCGGGUCGUAUUCAUGAUAUUCCUACAUUUUACGAGUCAUUAUGUAUGCGUAUCAUCAUUCAAUUUAAACCGAAACAUAAAGACCAAGAACAAUGUCCUGAAUUUGAAUUAGUUUUAAAUAAGAAAUACACAUAUAAUGAUACGACCACACAAACUUUGUCAGAGAUGCUUCAAACAACCUAUUCAUCUAAAUCAGUGGAACUUUUAUAUUAUGAGAUGCUUGACAUUAAUAUUGUGGAAUUAGAAUCCAAAAAAUUCUUUAAGGUAUACUGGCUUGGAACAGCUGUCAAGGAAGAGGAUAUGAUUGAUAUUUGUCUUCCAAAAACUGCUAUAGUUAAUGAAAUUUUUAAAAUAAUUAUAAACAAACUAGCAUUAAGACCUACUAUUAAACUUAGAUUAUAUGAUGUCUUACAUUGCAAAAUUCAAAAAGAAUAUGAUAUUAACGAUCCAAUAGAUAUGAUACAAGAAAAUCUGACGUUAUAUGCGGAGGAAAUAUCACAAGAUGAAAUCGAACUAGGCGCUAAUGAUAAAGUUAUUCAAAUAUAUCAUUUUAUUAAGAAACCGUUACGCACGCAUGGAAUUCCAUUUAAAUUUGUUAUUAAGGCUGAUGAGCCUUUCUCUAAGACAAUGUUACGUCUUAAACUACGCUUAGGAAUGAACGAAAAAGAUUUCUCGAAAGUAAAAGGUGUGGUUGUACAGACGCAAUCAUUUGCUAAGUUUCAAUAUAUAGAUGAUAACGUUAUUCUGUCGGAUUAUGGAUUAACAGAUGAGCUUCUAAGUCUUGAUCUUAUGUUUCACAAACUUGAUAUCGCCUAA